AAAAAAUGUAGACCAGCAAAGCGACUGAGAACUGCACCCGGGCUGGAGCCCUCCACUACAUUUUUUGCUUUUAACGAUGUGGCAGCUGGAGCGCCUGGGCUCAGGAUGUAGCCCUCCGAGGCUCCUCUUGCUUGUUUACUAUCUGUGCGCUCUUGGAGAUUGCCUUUUUGUGACUGAAUACUUCACCCGAACGCCUCGUAAGCUGAAUGCUUUCAACUCCUUCGCCAGUGUGGAGCUGUUCCACUUCAAUGUGCCUGAUGACACCAUGAUGGCCGUAUGGAACCUCAUCACUUUCAAGGAGCAAGGGGGCACGUUUGGAGACAGCUGCCCCAACCGCAACGUGACUGUGUACUUCAGGUCUGGGGCUCCUCCAGUAAUAAACCCCCUGUACACCAGCUUCCCUCGGGAUACAGUCGUCCCAGGAUCCUUUGCUGUGACUCUUACCUGGACUCUUCCAAACCGUACGACAGGAGCAUUCAACGUGACCAGCCCGCUCCCUGGAGACUGGUUCCUAGCCGCACAUUUACCCAAGGACGAAGGCAAGAUCUCAGUCAAGGGUCUCUCUGAAGAAUGCCAGUAUCUGUUUCAACCUCAGCUCAUCGUCCAGAGGCUCGUUGGGAUUUCGGUGCUUUACCCUGGAUACUUCAUUGACCAGAUGAUCCCUGUCCAUAACAGAUCUGCACUUUAUAAAGUGUUCAUCCCCAAUUAUAUAUCAAAGGUGAAGGUUCAGCUGGUAAACUGCAGCACCAAGAACAGGAGCAGCGACAGUUGUCCCGUGGUGCUGAAGAUAAGAGCGCGGGCGCCGCCGGUGCAUAACUCAAGUGCCCUCGACUGCAGGGAGUGGAACCCCUGUGAGUUAGACACGCUCGUGCCUGCCUGGGAACAAUGGUACUACAUCCUGGUGGAGAGAUAUCUAACUAACUCCAACGUCUACUUCCGCAUCGGUGUGCAGGUCACAGAUUGCUCCAAGACCAAUUUGUCAAAGGACCAGUCUCAGCCCAGCUCCUCCAUGAACAUGCCUCAGUCUUUUGGAACGGCGAUGGGUUUCUCUCUGUCUGAGACGCUGUCGGUGGCCUCCCUGCCCAGCCUGACGCAGAACGACAGUCACCUCCACACCUCUGAGGACAGCAUCAUUUACCUCCCCCCCACGGCCGACUACAACAAGUGCUGGCCCAUCCGCCCGACCCUGCGCAAUGAGCUGGACACCUUCUCUGUGCACUUCUACGUCUUCUUUGGUCCAAAUAUAUCCAUCCCACCGGACAGGGCUGCUGUGUUCGCCAUCAACCUGAUGCCUGUUUUAGACAGCGGAGGAGUCCUCAACAUGGAGCUCAAACUCAACAUGUCUACGUUGAAAGGAGCUAAUGUCACAGUGUUCGGCUGCCUGAACCACGGGAUGCCUCUCUUCUUACGGGAUAACUCAUCAUUGAAGUGUGAAUCAGAAAUAGAGGCCGGGUUUUUCCUUUCUGUGAACACCUCUGCUAAUAUCACCAAGUUGAGGAUUCCCUAUCCACAGACAGGCACCUGGUACCUCAGUCUGCGCUCUCUAUGUGGCACUGAACACGGAUUUGAAGCAUGCCCCAAUGUCACCGCUGAGGUGUAUAUGCGCGCAUACCUGACUCCAUGCAUCAAUGACUGUGGGACGUAUGGACAGUGCAAGCUUCUACGCACAAACAACUAUCUUUAUGCUGCCUGUGAAUGCAAAGCAGGUUGGGAGGGCUGGGGAUGCACAGACAACUCGGAGGCUUACUCCUACAGCUUCCAGCUCCUCUCCACCCUGCUGCUCUGCCUCAGUAACCUGAUGUUUGUCCCGCCGGUGGCCAUCGCCAUCCGGAGCCACUACCUGCUGGAGGCUUCAGUCUACAUCUUCACCAUGUUCUUUUCCACUUUCUACCAUGCGUGUGAUCAGCCGGGUAUUGUGGUCUUCUGCAUCAUGGAGUACGACGUGCUGCAGUUCUGUGACUUCCUCGGCUCGCUGAUGUCAGUGUGGGUCACUGUCAUUGCGAUGGCCAGGCUAAAGUCCAUCAUCAAACAGGUGCUGUAUCUGCUGGGGGCGAUGUCUCUGUCUAUGGCUCUGCAGCUAGACCGUCACGGUCUGUGGAAUCUGCUGGGACCCAGCCUGUUUGCCCUGGGCAUCAUGGCCGUGGCAUGGACGGUGCGCACCAUCCGUCGGCGGCGUUGCUACCCGCCCACCUGGAAGCGCUGGGUGUUCUUCCUGUUCCCGGGCACCAUGAUCGCCACCUCCGCCGUGGCCCUCUACGCCUUUGUGGAGACAGAGGAGAACUACUUCUACAUCCACAGCAUCUGGCACAUGCUGAUCGCAGGGAGCGUGGGCUUCCUUCUCCCGCCUCGCGCCAAGCCUGACGCCAAGGUGACCCCGCUGAAGCGUAGGCGAGGCUGCGGCUAUCAGCUGUGCGUUAAUGAGCACGAGGAGCUGGGUCUGGUGGACCCCGCCAUCAUCUCCAUCAACAGCAUCUGCACCAGCUGAUAAACUCCCCACUCCCAGCCUUUUACCUUAGAGACACUUCAUUGCCUUCUUUUACUUGGGAAAUUCACAGACGGAAAUUAAGCCACAGAACUUGAAAAAGCAAUGUAAAUAUUGUAAUGCAGAUGUGACACAUUGGAUUUCUUUUUUUGGUUGUAAUUGUUAUGGUUAUUACUAUCAAUACAACUGUAAUUAUUAUUAUCUAUAGUUAGAGUUGUUCUGAUGAAUUGUGGGUGUACAGUGACACACUGUUGUUUGUGAAUAUGUAUUUAAAGUCAAAGCUGAAACACUGCUGCUAUCUGACGGUGACUGUAAAACUGCUUCUGUUGGUUAUUUAUUGGUGGUCUUGUGAACAGGCCAGUUAUUGUACUGUUGGGGGCACAGAUCAGGGGAGAAGUGGGGGGUCAUUUAUCAAGGGCACGGCUUUUCUGGAAUUCUUUUGAAAUAUAUCUUUUGCACUGAGACACAAAAAUGUUAUUCUGUACAUUUUUAUAACAAUAUAAACUACAGUGGGCAUCACAAAUGUAAAACCUAGUUGUCAUGUGGAAUGUUAGACUGUCUUUUGCAAUUGCAAUGUAUCGCUUUUACACGAAUGUGCAGAUGUGGAACAGUUUCAAAGUUCAGUUGUCUGUUGAAAGAAAAGAGGAGAGGAUUAUUUCAAAGACCUCAAACCAAGACCUCACUUCCCUGUUAUUUUCUGACAGGACCUGUGUGACACCACAUUCAUAAACAAUAAAUGUUUCCUUUCUUGC